GUCGUCGGUUUUGGCCGUCGGCAAUCAGCAUGGCCGUAGGUGGGACGUGCGGCUCGGCAGGGCCAGUUUAAAACAAAUUCCGGAGGGACUUUUAAUUUUAAGUUAUUAGUGGAGAUGCAUCCUUAUCAAACGAAUAAUCGAUUUCAUAACCCUGGAUUUCAUUCUUCAGACCGACGGCCACUCUAGGUCGACGAGCCUUCCAACACCGGUAUCAUCAUUCCUUACUUCGGGGGAGCGCACAGGAUUUCUCUGCUGUGAUCGCAAUUUUGCGUCCAAUUUUGUCGGAGUGGGGGGCCUCCAGCCCUCGUGUAGCAGCCUGAGGAAGCAUGCGUGAGCUGCCCGGUCCCCACCUGAGUGCGGCUGCUGCACAGGUGAGCCACCGGCUGCAGCAGCUGGCAGCCAGAGACCUCCCCGGAAGUUGGACCACUGGGCUUGUGGAGCUGCCUACUGUGGCUGCUCUGAACUGAGGCAGCCUGGAUUCUCACAGCAGAGAAUCUAUGGCCAAGUCUGAAAUUCCAAGCAUAGUGGUCCAAACGGGGGGUUGCCCAAUGGAAGGGGGCGGGCGUGGGACCAAUGGGUCGUCCCCGCCCCCAGCCCCUCCCCCCUGCGGCCCACCACCCCCUCGUGUCCAGCCUGUGCGGCUCUCCAAGCAGCCUGAGGUGGAGAUGGCUGAGGAACAGGCACCGGCUCCGGCACCUGUCACCAUCCGGCUGGAAGUGGGCACCGAGGAGGAGGCUCCCCAGCCAGUGGACAAUACCAGCCGAGCCUCAGCACAGCGGCUAAAGGUGCUAGUGCGCAGCCAUGCGCUUCGAGAUGACGCUUCGCCACCUCUGGAUCUCUCGCCCGAGGCAGCCACGGCCUCGCCACAGAUGCUGUCGGUGCAGGGCCCCGCGAGUUGCAAGGCAUUGCCUGGCAACAAGCCAGCCCGUUUGAGCAAGCAGGGCACCAGCAGCUCCCAGGGAAGCCUGGAGGGAUCCUCACCCAGUCUCUCAAGAGACUCUAGCACGGAGACGUACACUGACUCAACGGGUGUGGACCUGGAGCAGUUCAUAGUGGACACACUGCACAAGAACCACAAGGACCGGGUGAUGAUGCUCAAGAUCGAGCAGGACCUGCUCUCCCUCGUCAAGGACAACAAAAGGCAGUCAUUCAAGUUUGCCCAGAUGAGCUCUUACCACCGCAUGCUGGUGCACCGGGUGGCAGCAUACUUUGGCCUGGACCACAACGUGGACCAGGCUGGCACGGCUGUCAUUGUCAGCAAGACACGCAACACUCGCCUGCCUGACAUCCGGUUCAAGGACCAGAUUCGUGAUGACCUGCUGUCCGAGGAGCCCAAGAAGCUGAUCCUCAAGCGGGACAGUGCCUCCUUCGAGGAUGGCAAGGAGAGCCCUGAGCGACAGUUGUCUCUGGAUUCGAGGAGGAGCAAGUCGAUCGAGGAGCGAGAGGAAGAGUAUGAGAAGGCCCGUGCACGCAUCUUCAACCAGGAUGAAGGGGUUGGGGACUCCCCCGCCAGCCGCAGUAGCCAAGAGGAGCUUCAGUGGAGCGGCGACAAUCGCCCCUGGAGCAGCACAGAUUCGGACUCGUCGGAGCGGCGCCGGCACUUGGGGGCGCGCCUCCUGCUCGCCCCCAAGGGAGCCGAGGGGGUUGCGCAGGGUGAGCCACUGGCGGGGGGCAAGUUCUACUCGGUACUGACCAAGGGCGGUGGGGUUCCGGGUGGCCCAGCAGUGACCAAGGCGAGCAGCUUUGGAGGGGUGUCCUUGCUGCAUCGGGACUCCAGCCUCACGGAAGCACGCAACGCUGCCCUCAGGGCAGUCAAGGCUGACUCGUUCAACGUGAGCUCGCUACCGACGGUGGUGCAGGCGCCACCGCCUGUGGCGACCUCACCCUCUGAGGUGCCCUCGCUGACGUCGGCUGCACCGGAGUCGACAGCAUCCACGGGGCCACAGGUCGGUGAGGAAGCAAGCUCCGUGGCUCCUGCCCAAGCACCUCAUCCACCCCCUGCCGCUGCUCCACCGGCACCUCGGCCACAGCUUUAUGUGGCACAGCUCCCAUGGGGUGCUGCACCUAGGGAAGCAGGCGCUCUGUCAUUGCCACCUGUCUGGCCAUUGGCAGGGCCGUCGGUGCUGGAAGCGGCACCCUUGGCUCCAACGGGCCUGCUGCUCAACCCUCAGGCCGUUGCUGGCGUGCCGCUGAUGUCGCCAGACAUGGCAGGCGGGCUGGUCCAAGGGGUGCGGCCUCGAGGGGGCCCUGCCUCCUUGGGCGGUGGCAGCCUGUUGUUGAGUCCCCUGGCCCCACCGCGGGGACCAGUCCCUUCCCAUCCUCACCAUCACCACCAUCACCACCACCACCACCAUCCACACCAACAGCAGCCGCCACAGCAGCUGGUGUAUUUGCCUUACGUACAACCGCCGACCAACAUGGAAGCCCGCAAGCCUGGCCUUCUGGAUGCUCAGGAGCCACCAGGAUGUGAGACAAUGGCAGGCCAGCUGAGUUCGCUCACCUUAGUCGGGGCCGAGUCUGCCGAGGGUGCUGGCGGAACAAUGCACCAUCAAGGGGGCUUCCUGCUUCAGGCUCCCCUUCAGCCGGGCUUCCUAGCACUGCAUGGGCAUCCGCCACCCACCCCGCAGCAACAGCAUCAGCAACAGCAGCAUCAGCAACAGCAGCAACAGCAGCAGCAACAACAGCAACAACAGCAGCAGCAGCAGCAGCAACAACAACAGCAGCAGCAACAUCAGCAACAGCAGCAGCAUCAGCAUCAGCAGCAGCAUGGAGCAUCUACAGUCUCUGUCCAGGGUCCCAUUUAUUAUGUACAGCCGGCACCCCUGACAACAUGUGGGCGCAACUAUGUUACCUCGGUGCCUGAAGCUCAUGCAAAUUCACACGUGGGCCUAGCAGCGGCGAGUCCUCAGGCAGGUGCUCUGGUUGCUGGCAGCCCAGUCGGGGGGGGAUCGUAUCCUGUGUGGGGCUACUACGCACCUCCCAUGACUGCGGCCGGCCUGAGCAAUGGUGCGGCUGAUCCAGGGCCUCCUUCCCACACGGCCUUUCUGGGGACCUUUGCAGCACCCCUGAUGGGGCAAGGAGAGCCCUACCACCACCACCACCAACAACAGCAACAACAUAUGCCACAACAGGCUGCUGCACCUCCUCACCACCAGCACCAGCAGCUGGUGCCCAUGUACCUGGUAGCCACCAGCCCGCCUGCUGUCGCACCCCACCAGCAGCCACCUCCACCUGCCAGCCUUCCCCUGCGGUACUUGCGGCCACAGACGCCUCCAUCCAGCACAGCGCAGGCACAGCAGCAGCCCCUGGUGGGCUAUGCCCUCUGCUCAGCUGGACCACCCGUUGUGCCACCCCAGCACCCACUGCCGCCCAUGGUCACCGCCUUCCAGUCACUGGUGCCGUGUGUGGCGAGGCCUGCUGUGGCGAGUAAUGCAGCAGGAGCUAGCCGUGCCUCCCUGGUUGGGCCAACCUCAUUUGCCGUGGGCUUACCGGCCUGUGGCAUGGCCAAAAGCGGCACACCCUUCCUCGGCAUGGGAGCACCCACGCACCCUUCGGCGACGACACCGUAUGGGGAUGGUUCAAUGGGAGAAAGAAUGGCGUCCAGUGGAGAUGCUUCGUCUAUGGGGAGCAUGGGGAUGUCUGGAGGAGAGGAUGGACAGCAGCAGCAUCACCAGCAGCGCCAUCGUGGGGGAGCUGGCCGCAACGGGUCGCGAACUCCAGCUGCUAUGAGUCAGCCCGCCUCCACUGUGGCUGCCAUGGCUGCCCUGUACCGUUCACGGGGCCUCUCUCUGCUGCCAGACGUGCGGCUGCUUGGCCACCCGCUGCAGCAACAUCACGAGGGGCCACCACAAGCCAUGCUGAGGGGAGCACUGCGGCUUGUGUCACAACCCCCACCUGCCCCAGCCACCCUGGGGCCUCGUCCACCCCGAAGUGCCCGCAGGCAGCCGCGAGCACCACCCCGUGCCCCCUCCAACCCGCCAAGCUCGGCCCCUUUGCCCACAACGUCUAGCACAACUCCCGCAACAACGGCGGUGGCGGCAGGGGGCGGCCAGGUGUUGGAAGUGCUGGGCCUGGCCGAGGGCCUCACGCCCACCGAAGUGGAGCAGCAGCUGGAGCCCCUGUUGCGGCUCGGGGCACAGCUGAAGCGGGUUGGCACGAACCCGUCACAGCUGCUGGCCUGCUUCGACUCCGCAGCGGCUGCGCAGGGUGCCCUCCUCGUCUCCGGCCUGCCCUUUCAGCUGAGACCUUUGCCCACAGCGGCCUCUUCUUCCUCCACCGAGCUGCUACCCCCACCACCUCCAUCCAGCUAGCGCCUCUUCGUGAUGAUGUGCUGCGAAGAAGUGCCAAGCAUGCAAAGAGCUGGGCAUGGCAGGACAUCCGACGGCCACCCGGCAGGAAACCUCGCAGUGAAUCUGUCGCGACUCUAUUGUGUGGUUCAAGGGGCUGUUCAGUAGUGUCCUCUUGUGGCAAGUUGCGUGAUUGUCUGGCAUGUAAAGUGUAAAUUUUUGCUCUUGAUCGUUUCUCGUUCUGGGUAGCGCCUCUCACGGACAGUGUCUACCUGGUGUCAAGGGGAGGGCAUAUGCUGUGCUGCCAAGUGCGCCUUAAGAAUAAUUGAAACAGUACAUAGACAAGUAUGGCUUCUCUGCUAGGUGAUACCGCAGCCACCAGAAGAGAUCAUUGCUACAUGGCAACUAACACACUCGAAAUACUCUUUAAGGCGCUAGACAAAGAGGAGUGAAAAAGUACUACCCAUUCCGACACACUACAAAGCAUCCCUCGAAAUGGGGAGCGCCUGGGAAAGACAUUCAGGCCAUUGUGGUUGGCUCUAAACACAUCACGAGUGGAACAUCCGUGAGCCCCAGGUAUGUUUUUAAGGUAAAAAACACGUGCUUGAAAGCAUGAGCGACAGUUUCAGUUGUGCUAGAAUUUGGCUUUUUUUUAUGUACUAAAGACAUUGUUGAUGCAUCUGAAACAAUUUGUAGCGAUAAUGUAAGGAUGUUCAGUUCUGCCACGUUGUGCGCAUUGUGAGCAUGUGUUGGUUCUCCUAAAGUUGCCACAAUGUGGCACUGACAGUUUCUUUUUUUUUUUUUGAGGGGUCAAUGUGGUAACCAGUUCAUUCUUAUAUAGUAGCCCUGGUUUCCUUUCUGAGAAGUUGCACACAUCUGUUAAACUGAUAAUGCUAUGCCUUCUGCACCCCUCAUACAGUAAAGUUAACGUUUUCCCAACUUGAGCUUUUCUGUUGAUGGUUGUGUCUGACCAAAUUUAAGAGCUCGGUCACGUUCUCUUCGACACACCACUGGGAGGUUUCCUGUUGGGUUUGGCACCAAAGCAGACUGGGCUAUGAAAGAAUAAGCCGGGAGCUCACUGCACUUGAAAGGGCUCAUGGCAGGCCAAACUUGCACAUGCUCCCAAAAAAAAAAAGUUAUAGUACUGUGAAAACUUGCAAGACUCUUACCUGUGUGUCCUGUCCAACUGUGUGUGCAAGGUAGAGCCACACAGAGUGGUAAUGGGAUGUGUUCCCGUCAGCUGCAAGGAUGUAUGUUAGGAAGUGGGCCAUGCAGGCUGUACACUUAAACCUCGAGGUGUUUUGGAGGAGUGCUCACAAAACUGGCCUCCGAGUAGCCCAAGGCGACAGCUGUGUCACCUGCCUUUGUAAAAUGUCGAUAGAUUUACACCCUUAAGAAAAAAAAAAAAAUGUUCAUGGACAAGUUUUAUGGCAGCGUUAUGAGCCGGCCAUUUGCGUUAUAAGGGGAGGGGGAGCAGUUGGGUGAAAGGUUAUCUUUUACAUUUGUUUGGAGUGUUUUGCUGUCCACGUUCCGUUGCUGCCAUAAAAUGUGCAGAGCUGUUUUUUUGCAGUUGUUCUGAGGAGCCUUUUUGGCAAAUUGCUGGUGCAACAGUGCUCACCGGUUGUUUUUGUCAUAGCUAGCAUUGCAGAGCAGCUCUGGUGACCACUGCUGAUGCACACGGGGCAGUGCCCCACCCCCGCCCGAAAUUAUGUAUGGCAUGUGUACGCCCUGUGCAGGGGAUAGUAGGGGUUCUGUGGCCAGCACAUUGUCAGCACUGUGCUACGGCAGCUGCAAGACUUGAUGACACCGAAGGUGGCAGCGGCUCGGCAGCAUGACAUGGUGAAACAUAGUUGUCUGUCCUGGCAUUGACUAGCAGUCAGAGUUGGUUGCAGCCUGUGUGCACCCUCUGAAGAAGCUUUGCCCUCUCUAGACACUGUUUGCGCCCAAAGUUUAGGGUUGUUACCUUGUAGGGAGGAACCUGUGUGUUCGAGCCCACCUGGCACAACUCGCAAUUUGCCUAGUUUCGAGCCAUUGCAUUGCAUUGCUAGUCAUUGUGUAGUACUUUCCUCAUAUCUGCCAGUUUUUUGCACUCUGGAAGAUUUAGAGCAGAAUCAGCUGGUGGCGACGUGCAAGCAUUAUCAUCGAUCUCUGCAGGAGAAACGAAAAAAGGGCAUUGCCCUCAUGUUGACUAGCUGGAGACUCUGGAGCAGCCUCAGAGUGAUGCAGUGGUCGCACCCGUGUAUGUGUCAGCCAUGUUCUUUUACCCUAGUCUGUGUGCGACGCCACGGUGUGUUAAAAGUUCGAACACAUUGUGACAGCCUUUUAGAACUUUUGUUGCAUUUCUUUUUCAUUUGUCCGUACCUGGGAGGGCUUUGUGGACAGGCAGUCAUGAGGGGAUGAUUUUGACAGAGAGGAUCAACAGCUAUUUGUCAUUUAUUGGAUGGACAUGGUUUUACCAUAGCUUUGCUGUGUGCCUGAAACGGGUGUGCACCCUCCCUGGAGUCUUGCACAGUUAGCCUGGGCUGUUACAAGUGACUGUCAUGAUCUGAGUUGUCUCACUUGGCACGGCGGUGCCCUUAGCAACCGCAGAAGCCAAGUGAGAGGUUGCAGCGGGCAUUGCAUGCGUGUGGCCAUAGGGACUCCUGUCGUUUCCCUCCCCACCCUCUCUUUAUUUUGGCCUGUGUUGAGCCAGCCCCUACAAAGUGACUCCACCAUCAUGGCGUACUGUGUGCAACGACCCAGUGUGCCAACCAAGUUGCAUCAUUCUGAUGUGUGUGACCACGUUACACUCUCACGCAGAAGGCUGUGAAGAAAAAAGAUUGGCAGCAUUUAUUUAUUCUGCGAGGCACUUCGCGAUGAGAGCAAACUGCAUUACCAGUCCCUGGCCUCUCCGCCAGUCAUCCUGUUUUAUGCCCUUUCGCUUCUUGCUCUUGAAGGAGGUGCUCGGGGGUUAAGUGUUUCAGAAGAAUCACAUCAGGAAUAUUUAUUUAUUAAAAGUUGAACAUUGCUUUAUUAUACCUGGGCAUUGAGCGUUGACCCGGGCACUGUGAGAGUUGGAUAUACACGAAGAGUGACGUACAUACAGGUGAUUGAUUGUUGCACUAUUGAGAGGCAUAUUUAUAAGAGUUGCAGCUGCUGUUCUCUGAUGCAUUGGCAGCCGCAGUGGUAUCCUCUUCACCACUGUCUGGUGGAGCCAAGACAGAUCGAAAGCGGCUGUGAAGGCUGUGCUUUGUGUGCCAAUUGUUAACAGAACGGCGGGACAGCACUCGCAGUGGCCAGUUCGGCUUUCUUUCUGCACUAUCUCAGCGCCCGACUCGGGAAUCUGUGGAGUGUGUUCUCUGCGCUAACAGCAAAUCUCUUGUGUUAGCACCGAGGGAGUGAGAGAAAGGCAGAUGUUGCAGUGACUUUUUUGCCACAGUCUUUUUUUUUUACAUUCCGUGAAGAGUUUUAAAGAAAAGGGACACCAUGGAGAUGUAUGGGGGACGUGCAUGCUAAGCUGACCGCAAAGCUGCCGCACUUUCUGGCAAAUGAAAAUGGACAUGAUCGAAAGCAGCAGCAGCAACAAACACCUGGGAGGAGGAAGAAGAAGCAAGGGGAAUUACCCGCAUCUCAUAUGCAAAAAAAAAAAAGUACAUAGGCCUUGUUUCCCCCCAGCAGCAGCCCACCGUGGACCCACUUCCUCCUCCCCUCCGCCUCACACCGACCACGUGUCCCUGACACCCUCUGCACCGCAUUGAGGUCUGGGCGGUCACUAAGUUCAAGCAAGCGCUGUUCUUCCGGCCUCUUGUGUACAAAAAUGUGAGCCAUGAGUGUGCGGCCAGGUGUCAGCUCAAGAACGGAUCCUUGUCGUCAGCACAGCGACAAGACCAGCGCCUGGUUGCCGCCGUUUGGCAGCUCGUCCUCCGUUCCCGCUCAGAGGCCGAGGCAUCGGAACUGUGUUGUUCCCUCGUAACCCCCCUCCACACCUCGGAUCCCUCGUGCUGCGAAGAACUGCCGCGGGGAGGCACUAACCCCUUUCUGGCCGAGGGACGUACACGUGAGGGGGCAGGGACAAGCCAACGGGUGACGCCGACGAUGACGACGUCCGAAUGCCGAAGGACGGCGUCGCGAUAAAUUGCAAACAAGAGAAUUUGGACACGUGGAAAACGACGACGACAAAAGGCCGUAGAGUUUUUUCUAGGUGUUUUUUUACAUUUUUUUACAUUGCCAGAAUUGUUUCGUGGUGUCACGUCCCAUGCGCUGCAAUCACUCAUGUUAGGAAGAAAUAAACCUGUUGGAAUUUGC